AUGUGCACGUUGAUGAUGAUGAUGAUGAUGAUGAUGAAAGACAACUCGAAGGUAACUGCUGCCCCAGGCGCCGCCCACUUUUAUGACGUGACUCCGCCCCCCGUUGGCAGCAGCCGCCGGCGGCAACUCGAUGAUGAACAUUCAUACGGUGGGUCGACGCAUAACGCAACGCCGUCGAUUAUCACUGAUUCGAUAUAUCAAUUAGCGGCGCAGUUGUUCCAAAAAAGGUCGCGAGUCUGCACAUGA